AUGAAUGGCCCAUGUCAAAGUCUUAGGAAAGCGGAGGGGCUUUUGGAGGGUUGCACUUCGGCCGUCACCGUCUUCAGGAAACUCCCUUUGGAUUUCAAGGUCAUGUUUUCCCCGCUUUCCGACAGUAUUGUCCUCGCAGCGACCCACACCACUGCAUGCCGCUCUUUUUUCUCCUGUCUCAGCCGCCUGCAGGUUGGGGGAAGGGUGAUUCAAAGGGAGGGCUAAAUGCCCAGCCUGAUCUACUGAUAUUCUAUUCUGUAUCUCUAUUCUGGGCUCUAUUCUGGGCACCCGGAGGCUGCCCACACUUACUUCAGCCCAAGCUGGGAAACCCAAGCUUCUCCCUCUAGAGAACCGGAGAAUGAGUAAAGGCCCCUGCACAACCCAGCCUCAGCAAACUCCUGGAGCUUGAGGGUCGAAUGGAGGGGAGCCAGAAAGGUGCAGGGUGCAGAUGAGUAAAUCAGGCAGCGGGCAAAGGCCGGGGCCAGUUUCCUCUCUAGCUCAGAGCUCCCUGCCAGCUUUCAGGGUUUUUGCCCUGCGCCCGCCAGGGACAAGUUGCAGCGGAGAGGUGGGCAUGCCUUUCCCGCGCCUGCUGGCUAGUCAGUAAGGAGCAGCUCUGGAACUGAAGUCUCCAGCUGCAGCUGACCUCUGACCUUGGGUAGUCCUGCGCCGGCUAGGUCGGCCCCACAAUUUGCAGCUUCCGAGGCUCCCCCAAAUAAAAAUGGUGCUUUUUGCGCCUACCCACUGUCCCACCUUCUUGGCUCUCCUCCGGCACUAUCAAUCACUGGAGCUCCCUGGCACCCGUUCUUCUUCUCAAGGUGGGGGCAGGAGGGCAGAUUCCAAAAGGUCUCCAGGAUGUGCUAUGGACUGGUAAUUAGGAGGCCGUGGUUGAUGUGGGGAUCAAGUAUUUGGGGAAAACGAAACUGAGUUUCUACAUUCCGUGGUUGUUUGGGACCUCAGGUCCAGGGGCCCCAGGAUUGCUCCCAAAUUCUCUCACCUCUCUUUCAGCAAGAUGACUGGCUUGUUUGCUAAGUGGUGUCAGAGUCUGAACUAAAGGAGAUGUUUACCCUAGUUCCCUGUAUAGGCUGUGUGAUGGAAAUGCUAUAGAGAGCCUCCUAAGGUCCCUGUUGCCUGCCCUAGUCCAAUCUCUGCAAUAUUUGUUUGCAUGUCUAUGGGUCUGUAGUGCACAAAAGGCUAACAGGACCUGGGACAGAAGUGAUCCAGACCUCUUAGAAGUUGGGUUGGGGCUGCCUUAUGGGUGGACAGGGAUCUGUAGGGAACCUCACACCCAUUUCCCCCAGAAGCAAAAGAGCAAAUUCUAUUAUUGCCAACCAACCAGGACUUUUCCAUGCCAGACAUCCUGCCAUGAGGAAAUUUCAGAGCGAGGACGCCCAGCAUGCCACCCUUCUGUAGGAAUGCAAAGUUAGGCCUCCUUUCUUUCCUGAUUUGUGCUGGAAGGAGCUUAUUACCUUUGGGGAAGAAUGCCUUUUGGUUAGAAAGAAUUGAAAAUAAUAACACCCUCUGGGAAAAGGCUCAAAGUCAGAAAAUGAGAUACAAGACAUCCUUGGUGAUGAGGAAACGAUUACGGCUUUACCGAAACACUCUUAAAGAGUCAAGUAGCAGCUCUGGACACCAUGGCCCCCAGCUCACCGCCGCCUCCAGCCCCUCGGUGUUCCCGGGCCUCCACGAGGAGCCUCCCCAGGCCUCCCCCAGCCGUCCUUUGAAUGGACUCCUGCGUCUGGGGCUCCCUGGAGAUAUGUACGCGCGGCCAGAGCCCUUCCCGCCAGGGCCUGCGGCCCGCAGCGACGCCCUGGCAGCUGCCGCAGCCCUGCACGGCUACGGGGGCAUGAACCUGACGGUGAACCUCGCUGCGCCCCACGGUCCUGGCGCUUUCUUCCGCUACAUGCGCCAGCCCAUCAAACAGGAGCUCAUCUGCAAGUGGCUGGCGGCCGACGGCACCGCGACCCCGAGCCUCUGCUCCAAAACUUUCAGCACCAUGCACGAACUGGUCACGCACGUCACCGUGGAGCACGUCGGCGGCCCGGAACAGGCCAACCACAUUUGCUUCUGGGAGGAGUGUCCGCGCCAGGGAAAGCCCUUCAAAGCCAAAUACAAACUUGUAAAUCACAUCCGCGUGCACACGGGCGAGAAGCCCUUCCCUUGUCCUUUCCCGGGGUGUGGGAAGGUCUUUGCUAGAUCAGAAAAUCUCAAAAUACACAAACGAACUCACACAGGCGAGAAGCCCUUCAGAUGCGAGUUCGAGGGCUGCGAGCGGCGCUUCGCCAACAGCAGCGACCGUAAGAAGCAUUCGCACGUGCACACUAGCGACAAGCCAUACACGUGCAAGGUGCGGGGCUGCGACAAGUGCUACACGCACCCCAGCUCGCUGCGUAAGCACAUGAAGGUGCACGGGCGCUCGCCGCCGCCCAGCUCUGGCUACGAUUCGGCUACACCGUCUGCCCUCGUGUCGCCCUCGUCGGACUGUGGCCACGAGUCCCAGGUGGCCUCCUCGGCGGCGGUGGCGGCGCGUAGCGCCGACUUGAGCGAAUGAUGUCCACCGCGUUGCUCGCAAGGUAAUCUCGCUCCGCGCAGCUGAGCGCCCCGCAUCUCGCGCCUGCUACAUCAAAGGGCCCGCGCACAAAGCAGUGUUUCUUCGCCACGGUGCAUCUUCAUGGUAAGUUAGGAUUUCUAUGGCAAUGUGCAAGUCGCACUGAAAUCCUGAAAGGCCAAGCCUGGAGCCCGUCCAGGCUUUUCAUUAAGGACAUAAUAUUUACGUCUAACAGACCUUUUUUCUUGUGUAUACAAGUAUAUAUUUUUGUUUGACGCGGACUAAAUCAUUUUCAUUUAAUUUCCGGUAAACAAAACCCACGCGAAUGGGCACUUGUACCCGAUCAUAAUAAAAAUGGAUAAUAAUGUGAAGGAAGAAAAGAGCCGCUUGAAUCACCGCUCAGCCCCCUUUGUUUCUGCUUUCUGCGGUGAUCAGAGGGCGCAUUUGGGUUUGAUGGCGAGUUUCUAAAGGCGAGGAAAUGGUUUGUAAGAGGGGAAAGAAAAGGAGAAAGGUCUAAUCAAGCUCGGGUUGUUCAAAGAGUCAGGUUUUGGGGUUGAAAGUGUGAGUUUGACGGUGCAUCAGCAUGCCGCGUUAGGCUCGCCAUGGAAAUACGCGCGGGGAGCGGCCGCUUCAAAGGCGGCACACUUCACUACAGACACUCUAUUAAGAUACAUUUGCGCUGACCUUUGCUUUCAAGCCAUUUAAUACUGUCACUGCGCUCUCCAGUAUAUACUUCCUUUCUAGAACCCGACUUGCCCGCGUUUAGGGGUUCACUCUGCACCCUGAUGUGGGAGGCUUUGGCGCAGGGGACACUUUCAGGAAAGGGAGGAGCACAAGGACUCUGUGCAUCUUGACUGCGCCCCAGAGAGGCUCCAGGUUCAGGAAUGAAUGAUUUUAAAGCAGGCUCCGAAGCUUAACAAAUGAGCAUUCCAAGCUCAGUUUUGUGCAAAUCGCCUUUCUGACUCUUGAGUAGGAUGGAGGCUUAAAUUUAAUGGGGACUUGGGGGGAAGGGAGCCACCCUGGGGGAGUCUGAGGAGUUCAGACUGUGCCCUUGGGAAUUUCCACUCUGGCUUUCCGUGCCACUCUUCUUCCUCUCCAUCCCAUAAGUCUCUUGCGGCCCCUCAAACUUGUUUCUUUCUAAGGCAGGGUGAGUGGUACCCUUAGGCCUGGACUUGUCCUAGAUGCAAACUCAAGAGCCCAAGGCCAAGGGGAUGUGGGGAAGAUGGCAGGAAAGUUAGAAGUCCAUGUUCCCUUAAUUGUCUUGUUGUUUAUUUUAUCCAAGUACCCCAGUGAAUAGGGGAAAAAUAAACACAGUGAAAAAAAAUCAAACAGUGGAGUCUUCUUUAGUGCCAGUCCUUGUGGUUGAAUAAAAAGGAUGGUCCGCUUUCUAUUGAGCUGAGAAAUCUUUGAAGUGGGAGUUAUUAUCUGAGACAUUCCUGCUUGUCGUCCUAACAACGCUGAUGAAAUGUAAAAGGUUCUUUGUCAGCGAUUUGUUCUCCUCUCUGUCAAACUCCCUCUGCCCCGUUAGUUUCAAACCGUUUCUAAAGAGAUAAAAAUCUAACUUCUUUUAAAAAAAUAUCCACACACUGCACCAAUACAUAACUUUAGGUCUAAGUCUUGCUAAGGGAUAAACAAAAGCAAUGCCUAGACAUCAGGGUCAGGGCCUGGCCUGGCGAAGUAUGCAGAAGUUGGGGGGCCCUCAGGACAAGCUUUGGGACAUGAGGAAAAGAAUGCAGAGAGGGUGCAAGCUGAAUACAUACCCUAAGUCCAUAAUUGUGUGUCUGCUUCUUUCUGCUCUGGCUUGCAUUCAAUCAGCCCAAGUUGGGUCAGCUAGAUGGAUUUCCUUUGGGUACCCCUCAGGCUCCUAAUAUUCUUGCGCAGGAUCCUUGGAACUUAAGAAUGCAGCCAAGCAAUUGUUAAUAUCUCCUGCUCCUUCAAAGCCACCUCUGCUAAAAAUAGACCCAUUGUGUGUUUCUUCUCACUAGCAGCAAUCAACAAGCUCUUUCUGCCAUUAAUAAGAAGGAGAAUAGCUGAAGGAGAGAGAUGUUUUAUUAAUCUCCUGUUUCCUUCAGAAUCUUGGCAAUUGAAGUUUAGAAGGUUUGGUCUACAACACAGUGAUCGAAAAUGCAUGUAAAUGCCCAUCCUUCCCCUCAUUCACAUGUGCAGUUGUUCAUUUUAUAUUGUGCCCAGCAAAGAAACUUUCACCCAGUUCAGGUUUCCCCAAAACUCCUGUGGUGGUUUUAAAGGUGGUUUUAAUAAAUAAGGAUGUGCUGGUCCCCCUACUCUGUGUGUGCUGAAUAAAUGACUUGUAAAGAAGUUUUUCCAAGCUAUAACCCAUGCUGUUAUUAUAGUUGCUGCAAAAUGUUCUUCCUGAUAUUGAUUUUAUUUGUUAACUGGAGGUCUCCAUAUGUUUUUUUAUAUUGCUAAUUUAUGAGACAAUGUAAUAAUUGCAAUGAAUGUGAAUUAUACAGACAGGCAAACAUUUUGUAAUCAUAAUUCACAUAUACACAAAAGCCUGGCUGAAACCUUUAGACUAUUUGUACCCUCUCUACCCACACUGUUUGUGAUUUAUCAUCUGUCUCUUUAGUGUCAGUUAAAUUAUGAACUAAAUUGAAAAUAAAAGUUGUUUGACUGAAAGUGAUUGUUGAAUGAACAACAAGGUUGAAAGCCAUGGCUUGAUCUUGUAAAUAUGUAAAUGUAAAUGAUAUUAAAUCUGUGAUUCCUUUUCCCUCCAAAGGCUUUUGUGUACAUGGCACUCCAUUUGGCUAUUUUCUUUGGAAAUAAAUAAUGUGAUGUUUCCCUUCCUCUUUUGAAUCCUGGUGUC